UUGAUCAUCUUUCAGCACAACACUGAAGGAUUCAACUGCGAGCGUUGCAAGGAUGGCUAUUACCGUCCUAGUGGCUUGUCGCAUUACAGGGAAGACGCUUGUCGAACGUGUGACUGCGAUCUAACGGGCUCCGUUAGCGACGUCUGCAUCAGAGACGACCAGAGCGCUCUCUCUGGACAGGUUCGCCACUGCAUCCACAUCCUGGUGACUGUGUCUGCAAGCCAGGCUUCGGUGGGCGACGUUGCGAGCGUUGUGCUCGCGGUUAUCGCAACUACCCCAGGUGUGAGCCCUGUCCGUGCAAUCAGGCUGGCUCGGAUAAACUUUGACACGUGCGAGGAAGAGAAGUGCCAGUGUAAAGCGAAUGUGGAAGGACUGUAUUGUGACCGCUGCCGGCCGAAUACCAUCCAUCUGAACGCCGAUAAUCCAUUGGGAUGUCAAGCGUGCUUCUGCUUCGGUCUGACCGACAAGUGCAGAGAAAUCCCAUGGGCUACAGCUUCGAUUUCCAAUAACGUCGGUUGGCACCUUACGGACCUGAGCGGUGUGCGGGAAGUUCGUCCAGAAAUCGAAAAUCGUGAGGUGUUGAUGUUCAACGCAAAUCAGAACAAGGACCGUUCAUUGUUUUACUGGAAAGCGCCUGAUACCUUAAGGGAACAUGGUGCUGAACAGCUAUGGAGGAAAUCUGCUCUUCUACGUGUACUACGUCCCGAUGGAGCAAGGGGAAUAGUAUCCCAGUGGCUGAUCUUGUUAUUGAGGUAG